UUCACUUCCGUUGAUAUGCGUAGGUCGGCAACACCAAAGCAACAACGACGGCUAGCGACGAAGACAUUGUUUAGGUGUGGUCGCUUUGAGCUCAGGGUGACGAAGAUCCGACGAGAAAGAGUGACACCAUCAGUUUCUUGUGGUCGAUUCGAUCUCCGCUGUACCAAGAUUCGUGAGGAAAGGAUUCAUUUAGGUACACCCCCAUUUACUGAAGACUCUUUGAAGAGGAAGCAAAAGGCAGCACACACACCAGACUCAUCUUCUUUUGCUGAAAACGACAUGGAGGCACAUCCCAAAGCAAAAGUGUUCAGGAAAAAGGGUCUAGACCACAUAGACUUGUUAGACGUCCUCUUUGCCAACUCCCAAGCCACUGGCGCACUUGCCCGUGCUUCAACCCAAGGACCCCCAACCUCUGAUAAAGAAAGGGAUAUCCAAAGUGCAUUCUUUGGUGUUGGAAUCAACUCAAAUACCGAUUCCAUCCCUAUUGAUGACGACAUGGACAGAGAUGAUGACCCGAAGGUAGGUGGGAGUUGUGACCCGAAGGUAGGUGGGAGUAGUGGUAACGAUGGUGGGCGAAAGGGUGCACACUUUGAUUUCGCACUUGAUACAUGGACUGUCACAAACCUUGCCAAAAGAGAAUUUUUUGCUCGCCAAAACAAAAUGGCUGAAGCAAGCCAGGCUGAGAAAAACAAAACUCCAUUGCAGCAUGUAUCCAAUGUUUGGCAAUAAUGGACGAAAUCGCUCCCGACCAAUACGUGAAGCCGUGUGAGAGUUUCCGCGAUAAAGCAACGAGGAAAAUGUUCAUGUUGAUACUACCCAACAUGCAGCUGCAUUGGGUUCGUAAACUUGCUUAGGGAUGAUGGACUUUGUACUGAUGCAAUUUCAUUUUGGUCAGCAUCCAAGUUGUUGUAUGUGAGCGUAUGUAGCUAAAACACUAAA